CAGACAUGAAAUUGCUGGAAUUGUGAAAGAGGUUGGUUCCAAUGUUCACCGCUUCAAAGUUGGUGAUCAUGUUGGAGUGGGAACUUAUGUCAACUCCUGCAGAGAUUGUGAAUCUUGUAAUGAGAGUCUAGAAAAUUAUUGCUUAAAAGGGUCAGUUUUCACCUUUAAUGCUAUUGACGCAGAUGGUACCAUCACUAAAGGUGGAUAUUCUAGUCAUAUAGUUGUCCAUGAAAGGUAAACUAUUUUGCACUUUCACUGGUAUCCCCAUUUUUGGUGGUAUUGAUUUAGAUAUUGUUUUUGUGUUUUAUGUUCUUUGCCCUGCAACUGUUUCUUAUUUUCUAUAGGAAAUGACUUUACUGGUAAUUUAGAUUUGUGAUUAUUUUGGAAAAGACUUCAAGAAGCUGUUUCUCACAAAUCAAAUCUGUAUAAUUUCACAGCAUAAUUGCUUGAUAUGUAGUCUCUAACAGUUCAAGUGAUCUAAUUGCACACCAUAGUGGUCUAUUUUGGUUUGUUUUCACUUUGCAGUUGAUCAUUUAUCAUUCAUGGAGUCUUUAUGUUGUGGAUAAAAGGCUUCUUGUGGGUUGAAUUGCUACACAUGAGAUGCAAUGAAGCAAAAUAGUUAUUAGGAUACUACUUCCCAUUUUUUUGGUUUCAAUCUAUAGCUAUAUAACUUUCACCAGGAAAAAGUAGUAGUUGUUUUUUUUUUUUUUUCCUCGAAUAACCGUUCAAUGUAGAAGCACUCAGCAGAGAGCCUUUUGUGGCUCUGGCAUCAUCAACUAAUUGUUGAAGCUUACUAAAUUUAUAGUUACGGUGACUUUUUAACAACAUGCUGAAAAAAUAUCGAAGGAAGACAGCAUAAAACAAUUUGAUAUUUGAGUUAGUUAUCUGUCUUUUUAUUUUCUUGUCUACAUAUGCUUCAGUAAUUGAGACAAAUUAUUGUCCAGA